UCCCAACAAUUUCGUCUCUCUCAAAGACUCUUUCUUUUGCCUAACCCUCCUUCUUCUUUAACCCCACCCCCACCUAUACCCCCUACCCCCACUGCUACCCUUGUCCACUUCUUUCAAUAUCUAUACUGUAUCUGUAUGCUUACCUAUACAUAUACAUAGAUUUGUCCCAUUUUCUGUUCUGUUUUGCUGAUAAAGACUUGAACUUGUUCUUCAAAGGUUCACUUUUUUUCCACUCUUCAAGAUUCUGGAGCUGUUGGGUUGCUCUUUUGCUCCAAACCAUUGUUGGGUUUUCAGUUCUUGAGUGUUCGAUGAGAACUUUUUCUGUUUCAUAUUCGCCUGCAACAGGCAAUUAAAUUAUGGCGGUGUUUCUGCUGAAGAAAAGGAGUGUUCUCCUUGAUGGGGGAACAUGUGGAUUAAAGAUGAGACAGCUACCAUUUAUGUGGAUCAUCUGUAUAGUUAUGUUGUUUAUUGUAUAUAGGACCACCAAUUAUCAGUAUCAACAGACAGAGAUGGAGUCAAGGUUGGAUCCAUUUUAUUCUUCAAAGGACUCUAGUAUGGAUAUGAGAAGCUUGCACAGUUUACCGCGUGGUAUUAUCCAAGCAAGAUCAGAUCUGGAGUUAAAGCCUCUUUGGUCAACAACUAGUUCAAAGUCAAAGGCAAAGGCUAGCAAUUCUAGCUCUCAUAAUUUGUUGGCAGUUCCAGUUGGCAUUAAACAGAAGAGCAAUGUUGAUGCUCUCGUCCAAAAGUUUCUUUCAGCAAAUUUUACUGUCAUUCUAUUCCACUACGAUGGUAAUGUUGAUGGGUGGGAAGACCUCCAAUGGAGUAAAGAUGCCAUUCACAUUGUUGCUCACAAUCAGACAAAAUGGUGGUUUGCCAAGAGAUUUUUACAUCCUGCAGUUGUUUCAAUCUAUGAUUACAUUUUCCUUUGGGAUGAAGAUUUGGGUGUGGAGAAUUUCCAUCCUGGAAGGUACCUUGAAAUAGUUAAAUCUGAAGGACUGGAAAUUUCUCAGCCAGCUUUAGACCCGAAUUCAACUGGUAUCCAUCAUAGAAUCACAAUACGAAGCAGAACAAAUAGGUUCCACAGAAGGGUCUACGAUAUUAGAGGUAGUACAAAGUGUUCAGCCGAAAGCGAAGGUCCCCCAUGCAGCGGAUUUGUGGAAGGAAUGGCUCCUGUCUUUUCCAGAUCUGCGUGGCUUUGUGCCUGGCAUCUUAUACAGAAUGAUCUUGUUCAUGGAUGGGGAAUGGACAUGAAACUUGGUUAUUGUGCACAGGGAGAUCGAUCCAAAAAGGUGGGAGUAGUUGAUAGUGAAUAUGUAGUGCACCAGAGCAUCCAAACUUUGGGCGGACAAUCUUUGAAAAAGGAUUCAAAUCCUGAAGAGUCUGUGAAGAAACACGUUGUUGACGUGCGAUCUGAGAUUCGGAGACAAUCAACUUACGAGCUGCAAAUAUUCAAGGAUCGAUGGGAACGAGCUGUGAAGCUGGACAAGAACUGGGCGGAUCCAUUUAAAGCUAGCCAGAGACGUAGACAGCUGUAUAAACAAAGGCAAAAAUCAAAGGUUAAGAAGCUCAGUUAAGGUUCAUAGGUUUAUCUCAAAUCCAGUCAAUGGGGAAAAACAAAAGCUUCAUAGGGUUCAUGUCUUGUAAUUUGUUCUUUUUAGGCCCCAUGAAUCUCAUGAUUAGUUCAUUACAUAUAUAGGUUUAGUUUCUCCUAAUUUUUAUACUGAAUGUAUUUAAUAAUUUUCUUCUUU